GCGAAUUGGUUGGUGACUGUUUUGUGGAACAUAAUGAUAUAAUUAUGAACGUGAAGGCCUGAAGAUGUAUCGUAUGGAGGUAUGAAUUAAAUUGGAACAUUUUUUAGUACCUCAGUUUGGUAAAAGAUGUCUGGAAUCGCUAAUGUUAUUGACAAAACAGAAAUUGAUGUGGGAUGUGGUAAACAAAAUGACGUAAAUAGUGUCGAGCGGCCAUGUCCUGUGGUGCCAUCUAGCGACGAUUCGAAGAAGCUAAGCACAAAUGAGAACGUAAAGGCGGUAGUUCAAAAUGCCAGUGCUGUGCCAGUAGAUCAGAGGCGUAAGAAAACAAGGCGCCGAAAGUCAAAACGUCGCAGAAUCAAGCCCUAUAAUAAAUUUUCGUGGCAAGAGCGAAGAUUUCAGCAAGAUAAAGAUUCCAAUAAAAGAUACAUUUCGAAACGAGGAAAGGUGUUUCUUCGGGGUUUACCAGUUGCACCAUCUAAUACAAACCAAUUUUUAAUGGAAGAUCACGACGAUGUUCAAAAUCUUGACGUGCAACUUAAGGCUGUUACAACAAAUGCCGACAGGUUGAGCAAUUUGGAAUUUAGGCGCCUUUCUCGAGCGCGCGAUUCUAGUUUUAGUGUCGAUUCCGACGAAGAUUACUUUUAUUCGUCACCAGAAGAUGAGGGUGAGUUUCUGACAAAGGAGUUCAAAAAUACGUACCAAGACUUGCACGUCGAGCGAUUGAAUAAUAUGUCCAAGACACAGUUGAUCCAGGAAUAUCUACAACUUGAACAGAGGAUAGAUGUUUUGCAGUCCAGUCUUCACAUUGGAAACCCAGUAAAAGAAGCAAAUGAAGUCAGCAUCGAUGGUGAUAAGUGUGAUUCACUGUCUGAUGAAUCAAUGAGUGAACAAGUGCGGAAAUUUCAACAGGAAAUGAAUAAACUGUUAAUUGAAAAUGAUCAGUUGCGUAGAGAGAAUGAACGUUUGCGACACUCCAUUGGUAAGACUACCUCCACCUCUUCCUCAUCAUCCUCCUCUUCAGUGGAUUCUGAAAGUGACAGUACGACACCAUUGUGUAGCUCGGCAUCAUCUUGCAAUGAGGGUGACAACAGUGCAGUUCAGCAAGAAGAAACUGGUGAUGGUGAUGACGGGACUGCAGAACCUGCAUCGUGACUUUUACAAAGUAAAGUUUAAAUGUAAUUUGCUCUGCAUAAGACUUACUGCUGUGUUUAAGUGUGUAGCAUAUGCUUAUAAAGAUUUCUAUCACAAAGAAAAUAUAAACAUUUAUUGGCACUGAUGCAAGUUACUUGUUUAGGUUUUAAGAAGACUGUUACAGAAUAGUGAUAUUUUAGCAUUUUGUAUUAUGUGUAAUUUAUUUUAACAAAAUAGUGAAAUAAUUGUUUUUGACCAAUUUUUAUUUUUCUCUGGUUUUAAGAUUUGAGAUAUAAUGGUAAUGCAAAUCUAUUAAUAAAGUACUUUUGAAAUGUUGCUUAA